UGUCUGGAUCGGUGGGGAUCGCGAAACAAACGACGAUGUUGUCGUUUAUAGAGGGGGGGACUCUUCGGGAAUCCGGGACUCUGUGGCGAUAGUAAACAGCAGCGGGGAGAGAGCAACACGUGUCCCAUGUGGAUUUUUUCAGUUUUUUUUUUGUUUUAGUGGUUUUUGUGUCUUUUUUUUUUUUUAAUUUUUGUUUUUUCGGUUAACUGAAGAGGGUUGAAGGGAUCAGCUGACUGACAUGUCAUGUAAGGAAGACACUAGCAACCUACCCCAGUCUUCAUCGAACGAGGUGUUGCUGGCAGCAACAAAAGAAGCUACUUACUUAACAGACAAGGAACGGGAAAUAAUUCUGGGGGUGCUGACCAAAGACGAACAGCUACGCAGACAGCAACAGCUCAGAGUCAUGCAACUGAAAGCCGAACUCCAACACCUGAGACGCAAGGGAGCCCUAAAAGUUUCCGAAGACUCCUGCCCGGACCCGGAGCGGACAUGUGGCCGUUGCAGAUGCGUAUUAGGACGCGUCAUCAACCGUGGCGCCCUCUGUCAGUCGUGUAGACUGCGCGUGUGCAAGGACUGUAGACAGGACAACUUCCGGGCGACCGAUUGGGUCUGCGCGGUCUGCCAUAAACGAAUGGAAAUCCAAGCGGCUUCGGGCGAGUGGAUGAACGAGUUCGUGCGUAGGCCGAGUCGGAAGCGAGAUGCGCGCGUCUACGUGCCAGCGGCGGACAUCAUUAAGAAAACCAUCAGACGCUCCUGGACUAUUUCCAAUCCCACUCCCAGAUGGGCUCCGAUACGCUCCUCCGCCGAAUUUCGCCCGUAUAACUCUCUGCCCAGGGCCCAAGAUAUCUCCAAUUAUCCCUCCUUAGUCUUCCAUCAGGAGAUCAUAAAGAAUAACGAGGGCAAAGUGCUACGUUUGUCACCUAAUAGGCGAGCCAAGUCCGAAGAUGUUUAUGGCGAACGAAACGUCGAUGCGGGGUGCCCUACUUUGGAAAUAACCCAAAGUGAAUCCCCGCGAGAGCCGAGCCCAAAACGCACCCCCAGAAUCAACCCUCUGAUGUCUCUGUCGUUACGAGAGAGUAAAGAAGUGCGCGAACGAAGAAAAUCGCCUAAAAGAAAAGUGGAAAAGUCCGAACCAGAAGCGGAGGCAAAAGAAGAAUCUCCUAAGCCCAUAAGGAAAGAAACGGUCGAGAGAACACCGUCGAGGGAGCGGCAUGUGAGCUUUGACAGCACAAAGGCGGCCGACUUGGCGUAUUUUCGUAGCAAAUCGUUUACAAACAGUGAGGCCAAGAAAAUGCCUUUCAGUACCAGAUCGUUGCCUGAGGAGGCUUAUGGAAGGGACGAAACCGAGGCAGGAAGUUCAGUGGAACAGUGCGACAUUGAACCGCUGAGUGGUACCGUGUUUCAAAAAAUGACCGUUAGGAGACGGAGACAGCAAAAUAUGAGGAAAAUGCCCGCCAUGGAUGCCGGUUGGAAACGUCGUUCCCCGGACUCCGACUUCUUCGACUUUCUCCUACCAGACGGCGAAGACUACCGCUUGGUCUUCGUGAACUCAGACAGCUCCUCCAAGGAGGACGACGUGGAGGACAACGACAGCUCGUCGGCCUCCAGUUUCCCACUGGACGAGUGCGAUUGGGACUAUUUCGAACCUGGAGCACCACAUCACAGACCAACCCAACCUCCCCACAGUUUAUUAGGUUGGGGAGGCGGCUCACCGUUUGGCUCGCCGAGACUCUUGAGGAGGAGAGUUGGGGAGUCACCCUUAGGUUCCCCACUCCUAACGGCGAGGCGACUCGCCCGCGACUCCUCGGACUCGGACCGCGUCUCCUCACCCCCGCCCCCAUCGUCUUCUUCAUCACCACCGGGUGUAACCGCCCCUCCGCCCCCACCGCCACAGAUGCACUGCCUGACCACCGCAUCGCCGGCCAGUACUACGACAGUACCGGCGACCGCUACCAAUAAUCAUAAUUCGUGCUGCUGCUGCAAGAAUACGGUGCACCAGUACAUCCCGGUGCCGGUACCGAUUCCCGUGCCGUUCCCGGUACCGUGGAACCCCUUCAAUAAGGUUAUGAACGGGGCAAAUGUGCAGCAACAGCAGCAGGAGUUUUGGCAGUACUUGCAGAAACAGGUGCAACAGCAGUGGGCUGGGGGGUUGUCGCCCCACCUCGAGAAGCCGAUGAUCGGGGAGAAGGUGGAGGUGCGGGAGGAUGGUGGUGGUGAUGGGGUGGAUUUUGUUAGAGAAGAGAGACAGGGCAGGGAAUGGGGGUUGUUUGGGGACAAGAGGGUGGAGGAGAAACCGUCGGAAGGUGGGCAGGAGAAGGUUGACGAAGUGGCGGUGGUGGUGGAGCAAGAGGAGGAGAAUAUGGGGGAGCCUAUGGGGUAUUUGGAGUGUGAAAAUAGGGGCUCCUCAGGUUCCUCUUCAACCGACUCAAGCGACGACGAAGAGGGCGAAAAUCUACGGCGAGUCUACAACGUGAGCGGAUCUCCGAACAGCCGUUACAGCGACGACGCUCUACCGAGUAGCGCAGAAACCACCGACAACGAAGACCAGAAAUCAUCGGCUGACGAAAAGGAACGCGAAGACGAAGAGGAAACCUCGUCCGGAUCAGCUGAUACCGACUCAGACGACACCGGCACCGUAGCCGAUCAGAAACCGAAACGGUUUUCUCGUGUAUUUGUCGUCAACCAUAAAGCGGGAUCCGGUAGUAGUAGUAGCAGCAGCAGCAGCGAAGGACUCUCAGAAGAAGAUAGUUCAGAUGAGGAUACUGACACUGAGCUGGAUUGUACAGUAGUCUUGACUAACGUGAAACAAUUGGAAGAAGAUAACGUGGCUGAAGAAGCAGCAAAUGAAGAAGUGGAGCAAGGAGAUGGAGCGAGGUUCUUGUGCAUGCGCUACAUCGGAGAAGAUGAGCCGAAACAACCCGCGAAGCCGAGACCGAGACGGUUUAAGAAGAAGAAGGUCAAAAUCAGCAUGGAGGAGGUGGCCAAGUUUAUCCGUGAGGAGCGUAAGCACUGCUCCGGAGAUCACUCAUCGAAAGCUACUAAAGACUGUGAUAUGUUAGAGGACGUGUACGACUCGUCCAGUCCGGGGCUCAGUGACGUCAGCGCGGAGUCUUUGAGCUCCUCAAGCGAAACGAACAAGUCCGACCCUCAAAAUGUAACCAGUGAGUCUGAGGAGGAUUUAAGUGCGCCCAGAGAUUUGGAUCUACGGAAGCCGACAAUACAAAUGGAGGAGAAGAAGGAGGUUAGAGACUUGGACUUGCGUUUGGAAUCGGGUGUAGAGAUUUUAAGGAGUCCUGAAUGUGCUUCCCGGGUGAGUACGUUUCUUAGUGUUGCCCAAGAGGAGCAGGAGAAGGUUGAAAGCUUUAAGGUUUUACCAGAAGAAGUUAAUCUUGGAGAGCCUGAAGCUGAUCAAACUACUGAAGUCAAAUUAAGAGGCUCUGGUGAUGGUGAUUGUUUGAUUGAACCCAGAACAGCUUCUGAAUCAGUCGAUUCAAUUAGGGCAGAAAGUAAUUCUAGUAAUCUCAUGAACCCUAAUAGCUACUCAGACCAGUUUGAAGCACACUCACCUGAUCCUGAAGAAGCAAUAUGUGGUUCUUUGACUCCACUUCACUCUGUAUCCGAUCAGAGUGACGUUGGAGAGCCAAAGAAACCAUACCAAAGCGAUUCACACGACUUGGACGAUUGCUCUACGAGAACAAUGGACCCUGAAGUCUCGAAAAUGAAUCCUGAGGAGUCUACAGAAACCACCGAAGGUCCGCCAAAUCGUGAUAACAACAACAAAAGUGAAUUUCGUGAAACAAAUUCAGCGGUAACGAGCGAGGAGAGUGCGCGCGCGAUAAUUGAAAACCCGCGUUUUGUGAAAGGUGGGGUAAAUCCGUCGUCGUCGUCCACAGGUGUUCAGUCAUUGGCGAACCGUUUGCAGGUAAAUAAUAAUAAUAAUAACAAUAAUAAUGCGGCGAAGUAUACGAGUUUAGUGAUGAUAACGUCGUCGGAUAAUAACGUGGUGUGCGACGACGAACGGCAGGUAAACGUGGUAACGUCGGAUACGACGCGGGUGGUGAACCAGAACAAUGGGGAUGGUGGUGAGGUCGUGGUGAGCCAUACCAAUGGACGGAGGGUGGAAGAGGAGAGGAGGGAUGAAGACUGUGCCAACCCUCAACAACCUCCACCAGUGACAGUAAUCACCUCCGCAGAAACCCUGAGUGCAUUCGAAGAGGGUCUCGCGGACGACGACUCUUGGGUGGAAGACCUCAGCCACGACGACCAAGAGGACGACGAUGAUGAUUUCCCCACAAACUCCCUCUCAGAGGAAAACUCCUCCUCCUCUGGUGACGAGGUCACCCUCACCUGCUCAGCAGUGGUGGACCAGGAGGACGAGCUGCGAGGGUACCACCGGACCGCCAUCGAUUUCACUCUGCACACCAUUGUCGAGGAAAGUUGUGAGGAGAGCGAGGUGGAGCAAGCGCCGAGGAAAAAUAAAAAAGAACGACCUGCGAGCGCCACAGAUUUAGAAAAGUACUUUUUCUUCGGCUUAGGGGAUGGCAAUGUCCCUUCGAUGAACUCUAAUAGGGAGGACACAUAUUCUGAGACCAGUAGCAUUUAUUCGGAAGGGUUGGAAUCUUUAGGGGGCAUGGACGAGCCUCAGAAUGAAAAUCUUGAAGAAUUAGCCUCGAGCAGACUGGAAAAGUACUUUCUUAGCGGUUUUAUGGGAUUCACUGCUGAAAGGAGAGACUCUGACGGCAGUGUGGGGAGUGACAGUGAAGGGAAACCUAGUCCGGAGCAAAGGAGGAAACGACUGGUACGUGCCAGAGGCACAGGGAGAUCUCACAAUAACUCCUUGGAUAAUUUGGAUACAGUUGGUAGUGAACAGCAAGCAGACGCUCAAAAUAUUUCAGAAGAUUCCUCUAGUUCGGAUUCAGAUGAGGUGUUGGGCUUCGAAACACCCGAUGGCCAGUUUGACACCGUUAAAAGGAAGAAGAUCAAGAAGCAACGGGCCAGCCUAGAAAACUUGGAAACCACUCAAGAGGGAGACAAAAGUGAGGAGGACGAGGACAGAAACAAAACACCACAACCGGAGCUUUUGGGUUCCAACUUGUCCAUUAACAAGAACCAGCAGCAGAGCAGAGAUAGCGGUUUCGUGGGCAGCUGCGAUGAUCUCCUAAAAGACGUGAAUAAAUCUCCAGAUCAGGAAAGGAAAACUGAUCCGGUACGUCGCAAGAGCGUCACAGAAUCUCUUCCGCCGGCAACCAACUUGACCAGGAAAGACAGUUUUAAUAACUGGAGUUCCGACGAGGAAACCAACCUGAUGAUGAGCAAAAUGCGGCAGUUUUUCAAGACUAUGGUGGCAAACAACACUGCAAAAGCGAACGUAAGUUCUCCCAAGCCGUUUCCGCGUGCCAGAAAUCGUUGCAAGCCGCCCCAGUUGGUUUAUUUCGAAAACGAACUGACCAGACUGAUGAAGACCGUGCCGGGAAUCCGGGAGGAUCAAGUGAGGGAGAUUGUGGAGUAUCUCAGUAGUGAGGACACUUGGAGUGACUCGUAUGACUCAAGUGAUUAUACCAGUAGUGACUUGGAAGGUUCGGCCUUGCAACAGCAAAUUUCCGAUAGUUGCAAGCAGAUUAUCAAUAAGUUUGAUACUGAGGAUGAAGAGGGGGAUGCGGGUGACGGUGGCUUAAAUAAAGAGACCACUUUUGUGUAUCAGAAGUUGGUGGCGAGCUUUGAGAAGAUUGCCACGGAAGAUAAACCCGCCCCCAACUCGCCUCCUUUAAUAGCCAAAGUGAUGCACCAUAUUGGAAGCAGACUGGUGGCGCUGAUGCACGAGGUCUCCAGUGGGGAGAGUCACGACUCGAACAGUCCUAAAGCAAGAAAUCACCAUCGGAGGCUGGUGCAGAAGCUGAGCAACGCCUCGGCAACCACCACAGACGAGGAGAGCACCUCGGAUAGCAACACUUUCAUGGAAAACAGCUACAUGCUCCCCAGGAGUAAAUCUCACGAUCUCUUGGUGAACAAGAAUCUUCACCAGAGUAUCGGUGGGGUCUCGGAAAUCUCCGAAGAGCCAAGCGAUUGCGAGAGAUUCUCUUGGCGAGGCAGCUUCGAAUCGGCCCUACUAGCCACAGACUCCCGCAAUAAGCUCUCAUUAAUCGGCAACGAGAGCUCCGCCUCAGCUAUAGCGGCCAAAAGACGUUCCGCCGGCGAUUUACUCUUCUCACACAAAUCCUUAUCGCGCGAGCAGUUGGACAGAGUGCGUAGCUGUGGCAGCAUCAUUUCCGAAGACAAACAGUUGUGGAACAAACCGAACAGACGAAGAUCGAGCGUGCCGGAUACUGCUUCCUGUGGCUCAGGUGGCUCGGCAGACGGUGAGGAGGAGGACGAGGACCUGGAGGCGCGAUCCACGUUGCCUCGGAGCGUCCUGAAUGGUCCUCAAACGACGAAUUCGUUGCCGCGUUUGCCUACUGCGACUCUGCAAAAGGCGCAGAGUCACCAUCAUUUGUUGUCCAGUGGUGGUGGUGGUGGAGGACAAAAUGUGAAAAGUGCCCGAUAUAGACCGCCGGGAUUCGCGAGGUUGAUGACGCCACAGCAGCCCAAAAGGGCGGCCAGUGCUCCGGGGUUGCACCAUCAGAGAAGGGGGGCUGGCGGGGGCGGUAGGAGAUCUCAGAUUAGUAAUGUUCCUAGUGACGACGUGACCCUAUCAGAAGCGCACUCGUCACCAAUGCUCGCCUCCUCACGCGUCACCACCGUCCUGAGCGGCAGCAAAAGCGCCACGCCCAGUCCUGUAUCCUACGGAUCCAGAAGGAAAACCGCAUCCAUGCCAAGUCAAGAAUGGCCCGCGCACGAUGACGAUAUCGAUCGAUUGGUCACCAUGCAUCAGAACCGAGCUAGCUUAUCUAGCUUAGGGUUGAGAUCGGAUUCGAUGGCGAGCGUGUACUCGGGAGCUGGCGAAGGCCGUUAUGGAUCGGUAACGGUGCGGGGCCAAGUGGAGUUUGGUCUUCAGUACAAUUACAAGGCAGGCGCCCUCGAGAUCCAGAUAAAACAGUGCAAAGAUCUCGCACCCGUGGAUGCUAAACGGAACAGAUCGGAUCCUUAUGUUAAGGUUUACUUGCUGCCAGACAAAUCGAAAUCAGGCAAACGAAAAACGAAAGUGAAAAAGCACACCCUGAACCCGGUCUUCGACGAGUGUCUGAAGUUCCACAUGUCGCUGAACGAGUUAGAGCUGCGCACCUUGUGGUUAUCCGUAUGGCACUCGGAUAUGUUCGGACGUAACGAUUUCCUGGGCGAGGUCACGAUGGCUUUAGAGAAUAAAGUCUUCGACGAUCCCACGCCCAAGUGGUACAACCUUCAAGAGAGGACAGAGCCCUUCGACGAUAUGUUAUCCUUCAAAGGGGACAUCAUAGUUUGUUUGAAGUUCGUCCCACCGGACAUGACCGUACACAAAAAGGGCAAAAGGUCGCGUGGUUCCUUACAUAUUUUAGUUAAGGAAGCGAAGGCGCUCACUGCCGUAAAGGCGAACGGAACGUCAGAUCCGUUUUGCAAAAGCUAUUUACUGCCAGAUAAGGGACGACACGCGAAACAAAAAACUCCAGUGGUUAAGAGGAGCGUGAAUCCGGUGUGGAAUCACACUUUCGUUUACGACGACGUGACCCUACAGGAAUUGGCUGAGCGUAGCCUCGAACUGACCGUGUGGGAUCACGAUCGACUGGCCAGCAACGAGUUUUUGGGAAUGGUCAGAUUCUCGUUGGGAACGGGUAAACAUUACGGAAAACCAGUAGAUUGGAUGGAUUCGACCGGUAAAGAAUUAAACUUAUGGAAGAGUAUGCUCGAACGACCGAACUUCUGGGUGGAAGGUUGCCUGCCGCUCAGGCCGACUGUAGGCACCAGGAUGACAUAAUUAAUAACAAUAAUAAAACGCUCAAACCUGCGACAUUUACUUAUUUUAAUGUUGUAUACGGGGCGUUUACUAUAAUAUAUAGCUUUAAUCUCGAGACAAAUCAUCGGCUUUACGCCCCUGUAUAUAAUUAAAUUGCAUAUCGGCCAAAUGUGAUAUAGUCAAGUCUCCUUAACCCAAAACUUCUUGGUGUUCCCCCUAAUGUGGUAUUUUAAAGUAGCGAAGUAAGUUUAUUUUUUUAAAAUCAAAUAUAUGUUAUUAUUAUAUGUAUUACGUGUGUGGAUGCCAAUAAACGUUUAUUAUUGUUGAUGUUAUAAUAAUAAUAAUAAUAAUAAUAUUGUAUAUUUUACAUUAAAAUUGUAUAAAUUUUAACUCCGGUUUGUGAUUAAACGUUUAAUCGUAAUAAAGUACAGUGUUCGCAUAUACAUUAUCGUUGUAUUUGUAUUUGAGCCUAAAGAUAAACUAUUGUAUUAUCACGCGUUUUACUUAAUAAUAAAUUUUAAUGUACGUUACGUUAAGAUGUCCUUCCUUUAUUAUAAUGAUAUAGCUGUAAAAUGAAUAAUAAUAAUAAAUAGGUAUAUAUUUUCUUAAAAAUUAAAAUAAAUAUUGGUUUUUCUACUAUGA